AUGAUUAUUCGUUCGCCGGAACCAGAAGUCAAAAUUUUGGUAGAUAGGGAUCCCGUCAAAACUUCUUUUGAGGAAUGGGCCAGACCUGGUCAUUUCUCAAGAACAAUAGCUAAAGGACCUGAUACUACUACUUGGAUCUGGAACCUACAUGCUGAUGCUCACGAUUUCGAUAGCCAUACCAGUGAUUUGGAGGAGAUUUCUCGAAAAGUAUUUAGUGCUCAUUUCGGCCAACUCUCCAUCAUCUUUCUUUGGCUGAGUGGCAUGUAUUUUCACGGUGCUCGUUUUUCCAAUUAUGAAGCAUGGCUAAGUGAUCCUACUCACAUUGGACCUAGCGCCCAAGUGGUUUGGCCAAUAGUGGGUCAAGAAAUAUUAAAUGGUGAUGUGGGUGGAGGUUUCCGAGGAAUCCAAAUAACCUCGGGUUUUUUCCAGAUUUGGAGAGCUUCGGGAAUAACUAGUGAAUUACAACUUUAA